UAAACUGCGAGAAAAACAAUGAAUGCACCUGCUCUUCACGGCAUUAGUCACGACGUUUUGUAUCUUCUUCACUGUGACCCAAAAACCUCCUCGCAAAUCGACCGAUAACAUUGACCCCGCAGACUGUCAAGAAAAAACUCUUUUCUAGACUUAAGACCUAAAAUGCUGUGUUCUGAUUGCUUCAUGUGUUUUUGCUUCUUUUCCAAUGCCUAAAAGAUGAUAAUUGUUGAUAUACAAUUCUUCAUUGUUUAAUCCUCCCUCUCUCUCUCUUUAAGCAUUAUGAGGAGGAAAAAGGCCAAGCUGAUUAAACCAAGUAGAUUUUAUCAAGAGACUCUUGAUAAAACCUCCUUGAUUAAACUUAAGAAUUUAAUGCCCCUGUUUGUUUCUAUCUGAUGUGUUAGUCCGCUUCGCUCUGAAUAAAGACGUGUGCGCAUGUAGGAGUUGACUACGUCAUAAUAUGACGUGACAGUGAUUGUAAGGUUGGCGUGGAUCGAAUUCUGAAUAGACUGCAGGAAGAAAGCGAAAGCUAAGAAACGACUUGUCCCACAAAAGAUCGUCACAACGGGAACAGGUUAGAUGGCGAUAGCGGUGGAGAAAGUCACUUUUAUGCAGUUGGCGCGCAUCUACCGUUUGAAAAGCAUCCCAGGUGCAACACUUGCAUUUCUCUGUGUGGCGAUGGCUUGAAGAAACAUCGCUUCUUGUUCGGAUCCACCAGUUAGUACUAGUCCAGCGGAGAACACCUCGUGUCCUACAUGACAUUGUUGGACCAGUGUCACGGACACGGCAGGAACUGAAGCUGUUGACGUCAUACCUGGAUAGGGUUCCAUCCGGCGAGCCGACGCAGACGUCAGACGGGCCUUGGUCGUGCGCGCCACCCCGUCUCUGUCCUGCUGGACUUCCGCCAGACCUGGACACGGCUUUAGGACCCACAUCACCCGGCCGUUUAUUUACUGACGUCUGGGGCGGGUAGUCUUCAAGAUAACAAGGUGGACCGAGCGCUGUGAGAGUGAGCUCAGCUGCGUCAGCGUGCGUCCGGCCGUCGUGACCGGCGCGCCUCCAGCCCGGCCUAUCGGGAGGCGGAUAUGGAACCUGCGGAAGUAGAGGUGCACUCUCCCGCCAGCGUGCAGCCGAGCCCCGGGGAUCAGAUUCAUCCGGAGAAAGAACAAAGACGUGGAGAUAUAAAGGAAGCUGCGAGUCCGGCAAACAUCAGUGCAUCCAGAGGAGUGGAUAUCGGUAGCAUCCCUUCCGUGGAGCGGCCGGACAGUGUGAGUACACCAGGACACAGCUCUCGGGACUGGACAGCAGACGGAGAAGGUAAACCUAACGGGGAGGACGUGAAAAACCGAACGGACGUCACUAGCAUCUCUGUCGAGGACAGUAGGGAAAAGGACAAGGCGCGGGAAGGAGAGAAGAGUGACGAGGCGACAGGUACUGUGUAUGAGAACUACCGCCAAGCACAGGAGACGCUGUACGGCAGCCACUGUCCCUCCCCGGAGACACUGUACGAGCCGAAACGUCCCCCACGCGGCCAGGAGACGUACUACAGCGGGGUCUACCCAGCUCCACAGGUGGUACCAGCCGGAGGCUACGCCUACUUCCCUCCGCACCGGUCCGACGCCAUGGCCCCCCAGCCCUUCCCUCUCGCCCGCCCGCACCCUUACACCUACCUGAACCAGGUGGGCUCCACCCCGACGUCCCCCCACGGUACCGUGAGCGUCUGGUCCUCCGGCUACCCCGCAGGCAUCGGGAGGCCGAGCCCCAGCCCCGUCCUGGCCGCCAUACAGGUCAGGAACCGCAUCCGUCGUCGGUCAGGCGUCGAUGUCGACGAGGACGGAAACCCCAUCAAGAUCGCCCGGAGAAUUUUCACCAACUCGCGUGAACGUUGGCGCCAGCAAAACGUCAACGGUGCCUUUGCCGAGCUGAGAAAAUUAGUCCCCACCCACCCGCCAGAGAAGAAAUUAUCAAAGAAUGAAAUUCUACGACUAGCCAUGAAGUAUAUCCGCUUCCUCCAGAAACUGCUCGCUGACAUGGACCGGGAUGCGGAGGGCGAGUCGGACCCCGCCCAGCAUGAGCAUGAGCUGCCGACGUCCUCCACCAACCCAGACGGGAACGAAGCGCCCAGUAGCCCGGACACUGAGAGCGAGACUCACGGUGGAACGGCGAACGGUGUUCUCACAGGAGAGGACGACAGCGGCGAGGUUGGAGCUUAACUGAGAACUGAAGAUGGAGUUCUACUCUGCACUCUGGCUGCUUUUUGACGUCUUUGCAGGCGUUCUUAUCGGACAUUUCUGUUUAGUCAGAUUUUCUUUCUGUCGACGGCCAGGCAAACGACAAAGAAACAACAACAACAAAAAAAAAAAA